UUACAAAAAACCAUUCCCCUUUCUGUCGAACCUUCCCACAUCCCCUCAAAAAUGAAGUCAAAAUUCAUCGAAAAAAACAUGCCUGCUUGGUUUGGCAGAAAAUCCACCAAGAACAAGGACAAUCAGCAGCGGAAUCAAGACCAAACUCAUCAGGAAAACCCAUUUUACAGCAAUAAUUAUCAGACUUUGAGCAACAAGCCGUCACCCAUCAAGAAUGAUAACGAUAAGAAGCACAAAACGAGCUUUGAUGAUGCCAUAUUGGCUCGCGGCUUCCCGCAUGCCAGCCGAGAGUUCUCUCCUUCUUCUUCUUCUCCUACUCCGUUGGCCGGAGCCGGAACCGGAAUAAACGGGUCGUCGUCUGGGUUUUUGGGGUUUGAUUCGGAUCGUGUCGCACAUCCUCUACCUCAGCCGUUUAUAUCCCCAACGACUUCGCUUGGAAUGGUGGAUCCUAAUGGUUCCGGGUCGGAGUCCUCCAGUGGCGGCUCUUCCGUGUCUUCUGCUGAUGAACAUAAUCUUGAUCAUGGUCAAUUGGGGUUUUUCAGAGGAUAUGGGGAGGCGAAAUUCAGCCCUCAAUCAAGAAGUCCUACUCCAGGAUCAAGAGUGGGGACCGCAACCACUUCGCCACUUCAUCCACGGUUUGCUAGUGCAAGUCUAGACUCACCUAAUAAAAAAUUAGAAGAUGGAAAAAGUGAAUAUCAUCCACUUCCCCUUCCGCCACCUGGCUCACCUACAAGCCCUACUUCUGCUUUAUCAAGUAUCAAGACUUGUAGUUCUCCUACUAGCCCCUCUUCUGUUUUAUCCAAUAUGAAAACUCUUAGUGUUGUGGAAAAUUCAAAUUCUCAUUCUCAACCUUCUAAGUGGAAGAAAGGAAGAUUGUUGGGAAGAGGUACUUUUGGACAUGUUUACCUCGGAUUCAACAGUGAGAGUGGGCAAAUGUGUGCAAUAAAAGAAGUAAAGGUUGUUGUAGAUGAUCAGUCAUCAAAAGAAUGUCUCAAGCAAUUGAACCAAGAAAUCACUUUGCUUAGUCAUCUUUCACAUCCAAACAUUGUUCAAUACUAUGGAAGUGAACUGGGAGAGGAAACACUAUCUGUGUACUUGGAAUAUGUCUCGGGUGGUUCCAUACACAAAUUACUUCAAGAAUACGGUCCUUUCAGAGAGCCUGUAAUUCAAAAUUACACCAGGCAAGUCCUCUGUGGACUUGCCUAUUUGCAUGGAAGAAAUACAGUUCACAGGGAUAUAAAAGGUGCCAACAUAUUAGUAGACCCUAAUGGUGAAAUCAAGCUUGCAGAUUUUGGCAUGGCAAAACAUAUAACAAAUUGUACUUCAAUGCUUUCUUUCAAAGGAAGUCCAUAUUGGAUGGCUCCCGAGGUUGUAAUGAAUACAAAUGGUUACAAUCUUGCAGUGGAUAUAUGGAGUUUAGGAUGUACAAUUCUUGAAAUGGCAACAUCAAAGCCUCCAUGGGGACAAUAUGAAGGGGUGGCAGCAAUAUUUAAGAUUGGAAAUAGCAAAGAUAUGCCGGAAAUUCCUGAUCAUCUUUCUAACGAUGCAAAAUCUUUUAUAAAACAAUGCCUACAACGGGACCCGUGUUUACGACCCCCGGCCUCAAAACUUUUGGAUCAUCCUUUUGUAAGGGACCAAGCUACAUCAAGAGUAGCCAAUGUCAACUUAACCAAGGAAGCAUUUCCUUUCACCUUUGAUGGAAGUCGUACACCGACGGCUUCGGAAAUGCACUCAAACCGAACAAUCAUGAAUUCGUUUGAUGGGCAUGUAGGGACAACAUCUAGAGGCGCAAUGUUGAGUCCAAGGAGAAAUACGAGAAUGAACACUUCGUUGCCAGUAUCACCGACUUCAAGCCCAUUAAGACACUACGGAUCUGCAUACAAGAGUUGUUACGUAUCACCCCCUCAUCCAUCCUAUACAACCAUUCGUCAAAAUAAUAAUUACAACAAUUUUAACGACAUCUUAAGACCCAAUGCCAAAACCACACUAGAACCAUGGUAUGAAACCCCUCAAGCUAAACCCCAAACACCCACUAGAUCCCCAAGAUCACGUCUCAUUUGAUCGUGAGUCACCAAAAGACCUGCAUAAUUGAAGGUCGAUUCAAAGACAAAAGUGUAAUAGAGUUUGAUUGACAUCUGGAAAGAAUUGAGUUGAUGAAUACGGCUUGAAUGGAGAGAGGAGGGUAUAUUCGUCUUUGUGGUCUAAUGUAAAUAAAACCGGCUAGCAUGGGUUUUCAUUACUGUAUACAAAAGUAAAACAAAGCAUGUUAGAGAGUGGUCGUUUUCUAUGACGUUUGUGGCUCGAGACUCGAGAGGUUCAUGUUGACCAGAUUUCUUGUAGAACGAAAAUAUAGGAGGGUUUUCAUUUCCUUGACUUAAAAAGUAUUAAUCUUUUUCUGAAUAA